CGAGGCCUGCUCGCUCAGAUCCCUGCCCGUGGAAGCACCACAGGCCGGCCCGUGCGCAGUGUUUAUUCAGGACUGGUGUCCGAUCCGAAGGCGGCCCUAGUUUUGGAGCCCAGUGCUUUUAGAUGGGCUGGAGUCCAAGCUUAGUCCAAGCUUCUGAGUUGAUUUCAAAGCUCCCUUUCAUGAGUCAAACAACUGUGUCAAACCUUAAAGCUUCAGAAGUAUGUUUGGCUGCUGCUGAGAGCAGUUUUGUGUGAUGUGUACUUCAAAAUAAAGCUGUUUAUGUCCACUCGAGCUCAUCAUUAUACCUCACCAUAUGAUGGAUGAAAGAGAAGAUUUGGUUGAAGAUCUGCUCACUGAGUAUGCCAUACAGCUUAGCAUUCAAGAAUCAAAUGGGGCCAAACUACCAGUGUCUUCCAGCUAUAGUGACAGUUUUGUGCCACCUAGUGAGGAAAAUAGGAAAAUUGUAACAUCCAUAAAGCAAGGUCAAGUAUUUGGGCUCCAAGAACUUGUGAAACAGAAAUAUGCUUUGGAUGAAGCUGAUGAAAGAGGGUGGUUUCCACUGCAUGAGGCUGCAGCUCAGCCAAUUCAGCAAAUACUUGAAAUCAUUUUAGAUGCAUCUUAUAAAGCAAUGUGGGAAUACAAAACAUGCGAUGGAGAAACACCGUUAACUUUGGCAGCAAAAGCUGGCUUUGUGGAAAAUGUACGAACGUUACUGGAAAAGGGUGUUUGGCCCAAUACCACAAAUGACAAAGGAGAAACUCCACUUCUUAUCGCUGUAAGAAGGGGCUCUUUUGAAAUGGUAUCCACUCUGAUUAAACACAACUGUAGAAUCCACCAGCCAUGCGUAAAACGUUGGUCAGCAAUGCAUGAAGCUGCAAAACAGGGACGCAAAGACAUUGUUGCCCUUCUUCUGAAGAAUGGUGGAAAUGUGAACCUUAAGGAUGGAUAUGGAGUAACACCAUUAGGUGUUGCUGCUGAAUAUGGUCACUGUGAUGUGCUGGAGCAUCUUAUUCAUAAAGGUGGAGAUGUCGAGGCCCUAGCAGAUGAUGGUGCAUCGAUACUGUUUGAAGCAGCCGGAGGAGGUAAUCCAGACUGCAUAGCCCUUCUUUUGGAAUAUGGAGGAAGUGGCAAUGUGCCUAAUAAGGCAGGACUGCUUCCCAUACACAAAGCGGCUUAUGAGGGGCAUUACCUGGCCCUGAAGUAUCUCAUUCCUGUCACAUCCCAAACUGCAAUCCAGAAAAGUGGGUUAAGCCCUGUUCACUCAGCAGCAGAUGGCCAGAACUCACAGUGUCUAGAGCUCCUCAUUGAAAAUGGUUUUGAUGUCAAUACUCUCUUGGCUGAACACAUUUCAAAUAGUUACGAUGACGAAAGGAAAACCGCACUUUAUUUUGCUGUUUCUAACAAUGACAUUCUUUGCACCGAAAUAUUGCUCAAAGCAGGGGCAAAUCCAAACAAGGAUCCUUUAAACUGUCUUCUUGUGGCAGUGAGAGCUGGCAACCAUGAAAUUGUAAGGCUGCUCCUAUCUUACGGAGCAAACGUCAAUUGCUACUUUAUGUUGGUUAAUGAUACGCAUUUCCCCAGCGCCAUUCAGUACGCUUUGAAUGACGAGGUGAUGCUGAGGCUGUUGCUCAAUCACGGAUAUAAUGUGGAGAUGUGUUUUGACUGUAUGCAUCAAGAUAUCUUUGGAAAUUCUUUUGUGUGGUCAACUCCAGAGGAAGAGAUUCUCCCCGGGUGGACUUCUUCUGUAAUAAAGGAUAAUCCAUUCUGUGACUUUAUUGCUGUUCCUUGGUUGAAACAUUUAGCAGGAAAAGUGGUUCGUGUUUUUAUAGAUUACAUGGAUUAUGUUCCUCUAUGCACAAAAAUUAAGUUUGUCUUAGAAACACAGAAAGAAUGGACAGAGAUACGCCAGAUAUUGGAUAAUCCUCGCCCAUUGAAACAUCUGUGUCGUCUGAAAAUACGUAAACUCUUGGGGUUACAGAGACUCCAGAAACUGUCAUCCAUGAAGAAGUUUCCACUUCCACCGGUUCUCAAGAACUAUAUCCUAUAUAAAGAAUAUGAUCUGUAUGGAAAAGGGAUACGUUUAGAAUAGUUUCUAAAAAGAACUGCAUACAGUCUGUAAUUUGACUCAUUUCCUCACUAUUUUUUACUAGCUAAAGAGCUGCUUGGUGUUUUGUAUACAUUCACAGCGUUCUGAUAAUUGUUGUUAAUAGCUCUUUUAUGGGAACAAAUUUUUCUUCAAAACUAGUACAUUAAAGCUCAUGUUUUAAUGCAUCGUACUAUCUAAAUAUAGGCUAAAAUCAGAAUAAGGACACUAUAAUAAUUAUGUAGAACAGUACACUCUAAAUGGGAAUUCACAUUAAUAAAAGAAGAAUUUUCCUGAUGGACUUCUCAAUGAAGAUGAUAAAUACAAUUGCUGCUCUCAGUUUGUAGCGUUAGUUUAUCUGUAAAAGAAAAUAAAUGUCUAAUUUAGCUUGGCAAAGAAAGUUAAAUCACUAAAUGCACGUCUCUGUCACGUAAUUGGCCUGUAAUGUAGCACGUUUUGUAUUUUGAAAGUCAUGGUCCUAUUAUAAAAUUCCCCAAGCA